AUGUUCGGAACGAGAUCCAGAGUGCGAGCACAGAAACUCGCUGAUCAAGCAGCUGCGCAAGCUCAAAAACCACCAGUCCGGGAACAAGCAGAGCCACCUGUCCAGGAACAAGCAGAACUACCCGUACAAGCAGAACCACCAGUCCGGGAACAAGCAGAGCUACCUGUCCAAGACCAAGCAGAACCACCAGUCCGGGAACAAGCAGAACUACCCGUACAAGAACAAGCAGAACCGCCCAUACAAGCAGAGCCACCUGCCCAGGAACAAGCAGAACCACCUGUCCAGGAACAAGCAGAACCACCUUUCCAGCAACAAGCAGAACUACCCGUACAAGCAGAGCCACCUGUCCAGGAACACGCAGAACUACCUGUCCAGGAACGAGCAGAUGCAAUCGACGAAGAACAGGAUCUCAGUCUGCAGGAAUCUGGCGAAGACAUCCAGAUCAUAGACAAACGGUCCCAAAGACUAUAUUCCCUCCACGAAAACUUCUACUUGACGCUUCCUGGCUUCCGACAAUCGUCCCAAGGCGCGCGUCUCCUGAACUGGCUCCAAUCGAUAAAGCCAUACCGCACUCGUCGAUGCCAGUCCGAAACGAACGUUCAACCUUUACCCGAGAUUUAUACCAAUAUACCGCCUAUGUCGGCCUUGGAAAACUCCACAAUCGGUCCACAUGACCAGGGGACCAUUGUUCAUUCGCCAGGGGUUUCUGGCUUGGAACAGGUCUCCAAGGCGAGCCAAAGGCCUGUUCUGAAACAAGGCUACCGGAGCACCCUUCGAGCAACUGAGGUGUUUCUGCUUCAAGCAGAACAGAAGGAGCCAUUUGAUAUCGAGACGGUGAUAAAAUCUAUCACCUCUGAGUGUGGCCAAAAGCUGAGCGAUGAAAAAAAGUCAAAUUGUCAGUCCGUCACCAAUCGCUGUUUGAACAUUGCCAUAGAAGGCGCGUGCGAGACCGAGGUCACUCGAUUCUUCGAUGGUCAUAUCUUCCCCGAUUUAGAACUUCCCAAGAAUGUACGCCGCAACGAGGGGCAGAUGAAAAGAACCGGUGCUCAUAAAACCCCCUCCAUGGUGGCGAGUAUCAGUACUCCCAACCCGGAUCUGCUUCUGGGGUACAAGGAAGAAAGCUUCCCGGCCGAGCAAGACGGGCGACUCUAUAAUUGGGACGAAAACUCGGCCAAGUUCGCUUUCCUCUCAGUUGACUAUAAGGGGGACAGUGCUUCCACCGGCAGUCUUUGGGUUGCAACUAAUCAGUGCCUGGUAGCAACUGCCACCUGCGUUCACAUUAUAAUGGGGUUACGGGAUGAGGUAAUAAGACUAGGAGGGGACCUCGAAGUGGCCAACGGUCUCGAUAACCAUGUUUUUGGAUUUGCUGCAAGCGGCACAGAAGUGAGGCUUUUCGUCACGUACGCGGUCCUGGAAGAAGAGAAGUACAAAAAGACAUGCAUGAAGUUCGUUCGCGGCUUCCUCUUAUAUGAUCCAGAACAGCGUGAAGGCCUAAAGACAUGUAUCAAGAAGAUCUACAACUGGGCUGAAGAACGCCAGGGCCGCAUUGAGGCUGCUAUCGAUGUCAUCUUGAAAAGAAGGCUGACGGAGGGGAACUUGAUGGCGCCAAACAGGACGCUAGAGGCGAACACCACGUCGAACAUGAUGGCGCCGAGCACGAUGACGGCGAACACGACGGCGGCAAGGAGGAGGGCACCGAAGCAGAAGGCGGGGAACAAGAGGGCCCUCGAUGAUGCUGGCGAUGGUCCCCCAGCCAAGCGUUGA